AUGCCACUGGAGCCGCUUAAGGUGUCGUCCUGGAUGCAUCUAAAGGAUUUAGAUCUCGCUGAUCCAUAUUUUCAUAAGUCUGGACCAAUAGACAUGUUGGUUAGUGUCAACCUUUUUGCUGCGGCAUUACAGUCUGGUGUUGUCAAGGGCAACCCAGAUGAGCCCAUAGCCGUCCGCACGGUGUUUGGCUGGUUGGUGAUGGGUGAGUGCCCUAGAGACAUUAACACUUCUCGUUCUCGUUGUUCUAAGGGGUCCGGAGGUGAUAUGGAGAGGUGUUUUCUCGUGUCGAGUCUUUCAUUAGACAACAGCAUCAAGCGCUUCUGGGAGUUGGAAGGCUUUGAUCUGCCUAAAAAUAUCGUUUUGUCGAAAUCGGAAUUGUCGUGUGAAAACCAAAUGGAAAAUUCAUAUUGUCGCAGUCCCGAGGGAAGGAUGGUAGUACCAUUAACUUAUGUCGACCCUCAGGACAAACCAAGGUUUUCAAAUUCUCGUGAGAUAGCUCUCAAGCGUCUCUUAAAUUUAGAGAGGAAAUUUAAAUUAAAUCCUCAAUUUCGGACAGCUUAUGUCAAUUUCAUGGACGACUACUUAAGUUGUGGUCACAUGGAAGAGGUUGGUCCUCCAGUGGCGUCUGAGGGUCAGUUCUAUUACAUACCUCACCAUGGAAUUUUGCGGCCAGACUCCGUCACUACGCCUCUGCGUUGCGUUUUCGACGCUAGCGCCCAAGACUCUUCGGGGCGGUCCUUGAAUAGUGCGCUGCUGCCAGGCCCAAAAUUGCAAAAUAAUAUAUUUGAUUUGCUGGUUCGUUUUCGAUGGCAUGCAGUAGUGUUCACCGGGGACAUCAAGCAGAUGUACCGGCAGUUUCUUGUCGCUUUACAGGACUGCGACUAUCAACGCAUUUUAUGGCGUCCAUCAUCUGAUGAGCCUGUGAAAGAUUAUCGUUUGCUCACAGUGACCUAUGGCGUGUCCUGUGCUCCCUAUCAGGCGCUUUGGUGUAUAUCCAAGCUAGCAAAGGAGUUUUCGUCUCGCUCUCCCCAAGGUGCUGCAGUAUUGGCUAGGGAUGCAUAUGUCGAUGACAUUGUCUCAGGUGCAGACUCUGUUGAGGAUGCGUUAGUGCUACGCCAACAGUUGGUGGAAAUAUUAUCGUCUGCGCAACUUCAUUUGCGCAAAUGGACAUCAAAUAACCCCGAGUUUCUAAAAGGUUUACCUGGUUCAGAACUAUAUUCGGAACAACUUCACAACUUUGAAAACGUUCAUGAUCUGUCGCUAAAAAUUCUCGGCCUGUCAUGGCUUCCCAAGGAAGAUACCUUCACAUUCAAGACCUCCUUGAAUGAUUGUCGUUGUACAAAGCGAUCGAUCCUUUCGGAUAUCGCCCGUAUUUUUGACCCUCUGGGCCUAUUGUCGCCUGUCGUAUUUUUCGCAAAAUAUUUAAUUCAACUCCUAUGGGUUUCUGGUGUCGAUUGGGACAACGAGGUUCCUACUGACAUCGCCCAAGAGUGGCGUAAAUUUAAGUCACAAUUGGUGAAGAUGAAUUCGUUAUCCAUUCCCCGUAGAAUGGUUGAAUCUUUCGUAUCGUUGCAGCUUCACGGGUAUUGUGACGCCUCGGAGAAGGGGUACUGUGCUGUCAUUUAUUGUCGUGUCGUUCAAAAUGACGGAACUAUUGUCGUGCGCCUUUGUUGUGCUAAAACCAAGGUGGCUCCACUUCGUAAAUGUUCCAUUCCGAGGUGCGAGCUGCUAGCUGCUGUUUUGUUGUCGGAUUUAGUCGUCUCGUUUACAGACGCUUUAAAGGAUGUUCAUACUUUCGAUGACAUCUAUGCUUGGUCAGACUCGACUGUCGCGCUGACUUGGAUUCGUUCGUGUUCAUCCAAGUGGAAAACCUUUGUAGCUAAUAGGGUUGCGCACAUACAAGAGAAUAUUUCUCCUGAAAAGUGGCACCAUGUUUCUGGUUUGGAUAAUCCUGCGGACUGCGGCUCCCGCGGCUUGUUACCUGCUGACUUAAUCGAGCAUACGCUAUGGUGGGCGGGGCCUACCUGGCUUUCCAAACCUCAAGAAUCUUGGCCACAAUCUGAGAUCUUUCCAGAUCAAGCCGCUUCGAACGAGCAAAAGAUUUAUAGUUUGCUCACGGCGUCUAAUAUGUCUAUGAUCGAUGACAUAUUAAAUCGAUUUUCGUCCCUACAACGCAUAUUGCGCAUUCUUGCCUAUUGUUUUAGGUUCAUGCACAACUUACAAAUGUCAUCUUCGAGAUAUACAGAUUUGAAUCUGUCACCAGAAGAAAUUUCUAAGGUUCUUCUUUUUCUAGUAAAGCAUGUUCAGGAGCAAGCCUUUGCUUCGGAAUUGCGUUGUUUAUCGAAAGAUAAAGCCACUCACUCCCUAUCGAAACCCAUGCGGAAAUUGGCGCCGUUUCUGGACGACCGUGAAUUGCUAAGGGUGGGCGGUCGCCUUUCUAAAGGAGACCUGUCGUUCGAUGUGAAACAUCCACUACUAUUGCCUCGCGAUCAUAGGUUGACCACGCUGAUCAUAGAGGAUUAUCAUCACCGUUUUAUGCACCCUGGAUUGCAAACAUUGCAAAACUUAUUAGCCCAAGAAUUCUGGGUUCUAUCGGCAAAAAGGGCUAUAAACUCUGUUGUUUCAUCCUGCAUGAAAUGUUUUCGGGCUCGUCUUACUUUGGAACCGCUCACCAUAUUACCUGAAAGCAAUAUGGUUGAUGCAAAAUUAGGUCCACUUCAGAGAUGGAAAUUGCUCCAAAAGAUCCAUCAAGAUUUCUGGCGCAAGUGGCACGUCGAAUACCUGCACACCUUGCAGCAACGCCACAAGUGGUUCGAUGACCAGAAAAACAUCAUCGUCGGGACGCUCGUGCUCAUUGUCAAUGAGCAAUGUAGCCCCAUGAAGUGGAAGAUUGGCCGGGUGGUACAACUCCAUCCAGGGAGCGAUGGGAUCUGUCGAGUAGUCACGGUCCGCACAGAAUCGGGCGAACUUAAACGCCCAGUAGUUAAACUGUGUCCACUGCCUCUACAAAAUUAAAUUAUCUAAUAAUUCACUAUCGUAUCGUAUCAUUGUAAGCACUAACUUUAUCGUAGAUUUAGAUUAAAUUUCAUAUUUAAACGUAUGUAAACUUAAACUAGGGAAUUAACCCAAGCCAUAUUGUUCCUUUUUUUCUUAUCCUUAGCAUACAGUACUUGUGGAAAAUACGUUGCAUUUUGGCGGGCGGAAAAUGUUAAGGAUUGUAGCUUUAAAAAUAUAUUAAAAAUAAUUUCGCCUGGCAACAUUAUGCAAAAAAGUAAAAAAAAAAUAUAACCGUCGAUUCACUUUUUUCUUUUCCCGUGUCGUCUCGAGGAGCAUGUCGCGCUAACCUUUUCGAAAUUAAAGUAAAAUAUAAUAUACUCGUGAAAAAUCGUGUGUGAGUUUGUGGAAGGCUGAUCGAUUGAAGAAGCACGUCGCCUGUUCCAUUUUCGGUGUCUGAGCUGGUUAAGGUAACUCGGAUUCAAGGUAAGUCUGGACGAGCCGAGAUUCGAGGAGCCUGGCCAGCCACCGCCGACUGCUGCAUCGUCGCCUACAGCCGAACAAGGUGAGUGCUUCCCACAAUUGACCCAGCCUAUCUUAAAUUCCCUAAUUUCUUGUCGUGUCGUUCGUGUCGUUAAGCUAUAAAAUUAAUCGAAUACAGUCCACAUAUAUAAUUUAAAGAUAUCGAAGUAAAAUAAUCCCCU